AUGUCUGACAAACUUAUUCUCUUGACCGGCGGCACAGGCCAUAUAGGUUUUCGUACUCUGGUCGAGGCCCUAUCGAAGGGUUACCAUGUCAGAGCGGCAGUUCGAUCGGAAUCGAAGACGACGCAAAUCCGAACGGCGAAAUCUGUGCAACCUUUCCUUGAGCAGCUGGAAUUCACCAUCGUUCCGGACAUCACGAAACCCGGCGCAUUUGAUGACGCCAUGAGAAGCGUUAAUUAUGUAGUCCACCUGGCGUCUCCGCUAGGGCGGGCUACCGACGACUUCGAAACCAACAUCAUUCAACCGGCUGUCCAAGGAACGUUGAGCAUACUACACUCGGCCCUCAAAGAACCCUCCGUCGAGCGUGUGGUCAUCACAGCGUCGCUCGCGUCAGUCUCUCCGUCCACACCACGGCCUUUCACAGCAGACAACACCGAAGAAGAUCCAGAGGGGCCAUUUCCAGAUCCUUUCACAGCCUAUGUGGCCAGCAAAAAGCUCGCAUUGAAUCGGACCCGCCAAUUUCUUGCCCAGGAAAAACCACAUUUCAGUAUCAUAAACGUGAUGCCAAGUUUUGUCAUUGGUAAAAAUGAACUUGCAACAACACCAGAAGCGGUCAACUCUGGCUCCAAUUCAAGAGCUCUCGGUCCAAUACUGGGAAAUGCCAACGCCGUCGCCCUGCCCGGGGCCGUCUGUCAUAUUGACGACGUCUCUUUCGUGCACAUAGCAGCCUUAGACCCGAAGGUUGACGGGAACCAGAACUUUGGAGUCAAUUGGCGGAGCUCAUCUUUCCAAUGGGAUGAUGCUCUCGAAAUAGUUCGGAAGCUUUUUCCCGAGGAGGUCAGCCGUGGAAUAUUCCCCCUAGGCGGUUCUCAGUCUACUGGUUUGGCGGAAUUCGAUGCGAGCAAAACAGAAGAUAUUCUUGGGAUCAAGUUCAAGAAUUUCGAAGAGCAGAUUCUCAGUCUUGCUGGUCAUUAUGCUGAAGUCUCGGCAAGCGCUUGA